AUGUCUCUGUUCCAUCGAGAUAAUGAUAUACAUUGUAAAUUAAUGGCUGAAUAUCCAGAAGUACCCGAAUGGUGGUAUACAAUAUUAUUUAUCAUUAGUUUUAUUGCUGCUUGUAUUGUUUGUUAUCUAGCAAAAUUUAUGUCAUGGUACUAUUUAUUUUUGGUUAUUCCGAUUGCAUUUAUAUAUAUAUUACCAGCAGGUAUUGUUGUAGCAAAUACAAAUCAGUUUAUAGAUACAAAUAUUUUGAUAGAUUUUAUCGGUGGUAUUCUUUUGCUGGGAAACCCAAUCGGAUUUGCAACAUUUAAAGCGUAUGAUUUUAUGACACAUUAUCAAACAUUAAAUUUAUUAUUAUAUUUAAAAUUGAGUCACUAUAUGAAAAUUCCACCUCGUGCUAUGUUUUUGACAAUAAUUAUUGGAACUAUAUUUUGUUCUGUAUGUAGUUAUUCAAUUGCUAAUUAUUUAUUCACAACUAUUCCGAAUAUUUGUACAAAUGUUAACCAAAAAUGGUCUUGUGCUCAAACACAUUAUUCCUUUUCUCUAGCAAUUUUAUGGGGUGCGAUAGGUCCAACAAAGAUAUUUGGGAAAAAUGGACUUUAUUCUAGUCUAUUGUGGUUUUUUUUAAUUGGUGGAAUAGUGCCGGUUCUGUUUUGGAUGGCCACUCAGAAAUAUCCGAAAAUCAAAUGGUUUAAAUAUGUUCAUUUUCCUCUGAUGUGUUACGUAGCAGCUCUGGUACCAGUAUCAGUACCAGCUGGUAUUAUUCUAUCUUGGCUAAUAAUUGGUUUUAUAUUCAAUUCAAUUAUUCGUCGAUGGUGGUAG